UUAACAACAACAACCUUUACUCUCUUUCUCUUUGCUUUCUGUGUUUUCAUUUCGAACGAAACAGCUUUAGUCGCCUGCUUCUUCUUCAUUUUCACAUAAAUCUUGCUUUGUUUAGUCAAUAUACGAUCCAAAGUCUGUAACUUUCAAUUCAAUCCUGCAUUCUAAGUCACGGAUUCAUGGCUACUACACCAAUCUUUAAUGCCUCUUGUAGCUUUCCUUCGACCAGAGGAAUCGAUUGUAAGAGCUAUGUUGGUCUGAGAUCAAAUGUGAGUAAAGUGAGUAUUGCUUCUUCUCGAAUUGCAAGUGGUCAACGUCGUAAUCUUGUCAUAAGAGCUAGUGAAUCCGGUAAUGGACACGCUAAGAAGCUUGGAAUGAGUGAUGCUGAGUGUGAAGCUGCCGUUGCUGCUGGAAAUGUUCCUGAGGCACCUCCGGUUCCACCUAAACCCGCUGCUCCGGCUGGUACACCGAUAAUUCAGCCUCUUAAUCUAAACCGACGCCCACGUCGUAACCGUGCAUCCCCUGUUACAAGAGCUGCCUUUCAGGAAACUGACAUCUCCCCUGCAAAUUUUGUAUACCCACUUUUUAUUCAUGAAGGUGAGGAAGAUACGCCUAUUGGAGCUAUGCCAGGUUGCUAUAGACUUGGUUGGAGGCAUGGUCUUGUACAAGAGGUUGCAAAGGCUCGAGCUGUUGGUGUGAACAGUAUCGUAUUGUUUCCCAAAGUCCCUGAAGCUUUGAAGAAUCCAACAGGAGAUGAAGCGUACAAUGACAAUGGUUUGGUGCCUCGAACAAUUCGUCUUCUUAAAGACAAAUAUCCUGAUCUUGUUAUCUACACUGAUGUGGCUUUGGAUCCCUACUCGUCUGAUGGUCAUGAUGGGAUAGUUAGAGAGGAUGGCGUAAUAAUGAAUGAUGAAACGGUACACCAGCUGUGUAAGCAAGCUGUUUCUCAGGCCCGAGCUGGUGCGGAUGUUGUCAGUCCAAGUGAUAUGAUGGAUGGGCGAGUAGGUGCAAUCCGCGCAGCUCUUGAUGCUGAAGGAUUUCAAAACGUCUCCAUCAUGUCAUACACAGCAAAGUAUGCAAGUUCAUUUUACGGUCCUUUCCGUGAAGCCCUGGACUCAAAUCCCCGCUUUGGGGACAAGAAAACGUAUCAGAUGAACCCAGCUAAUUACAGAGAGGCCUUGAUCGAGGCACGUGAAGACGAGGCUGAAGGAGCAGACAUUCUCCUGGUGAAGCCAGGUCUUCCAUAUUUGGACAUUAUACGGCUUCUGCGCGACAAAUCUCCAUUGCCCAUUGCUGCAUACCAAGUUUCUGGAGAGUACUCCAUGAUCAAAGCAGGGGGAGUCCUGAAGAUGAUCGAUGAAGAGAAGGUGAUGAUGGAGUCGCUGAUGUGCUUACGACGUGCUGGAGCGGACAUCAUCCUAACAUACUUUGCUCUCCAAGCUGCUACUUGUUUAUGCGGCGAGAAGCGGUAGAAUAGAUAGCGAGAGUAUGUGUUUUAUAACCAUUUGAGUAUGUAUUUUAAAUCAUUCGAGACGACUGUGAUUUUUGCCUUGUUCUACUUCUGAUCCAAGUUAGUAUGGUGCAUAUGUGAUCGUGUAUUGUCUAAUAUGUAUUAUGAUGCCUGCUAUCUUCGAUAACAUUGCGAAUAAUCAAAGGCAUCACAUAUUCAUAUGAAAGUAUGAAACCACAAAUGAGCUUACAACUUUA